AAUAAUGAAGAAAUGGUGCUAAACUCUUUGGAGAUUGAUCCAGCUUUGGUUGAUGAAUUUCAAGCAUUAGAACCUAUUCAGAUGUCUGGGAAAAUUGAUUCAUUUUUCAUAAAUGUUGAUGAAAAUGAUAUUGCAAAGGUAGUGGUUUUACUGAAGAAUAAUAGUAUCUGUCAAUACAAACUUGAUUUGAAAGUGAAAGAUCAUUCUGCAAUGCUGUGCCAUAAUAUUAUGCUUCCUGGCCAUCGCAGUUUUGUAAGAAGUUUGAAUUAUAGUGCAGAUAAUUCAAUGAUUUUAUCGGCUAGUGAAGAAGCUGUGAAAAUCUGGAAAAGCUAUAAGGAUGAAGAAACAUGUACUCAUACCUUAAAAUGUGAUUCAGCUCUCUGCUCUGUUUUUGUAACAGGAAACAGUCAUUGCAUCAUAGGCACUAAGAAUGGAAGAUUAGAAAUAUUUGACAUUAAUGCGAGAGAGAUGUUGGAAAGUGUGCAAGCUCAUGAAGGUUCUGUAAAAUGUAUUACUAUUUCACCUGAUCAGUGUGGUGUUACUAGUGGUGGUAGUGAUAAGGAAGUUAAAUUUUGGGAUUUUGAGCUUAUCACGGAUGAGCAGUAUUCUGUUUCAAAGAAACGAUUGUCAUUAAAACUCAAGCGGACUCUGAAAAUGCCAGAAGAAAUUUUAUAUUUAAAAUACAGUCCUGACAAAAACAAGCUUGCAGUGGCUUUGCUAGACUUUACUGUUCAAGUUUUAUUUUCUGAUACUUUAAAGCUUGCCUUUUCGCUUUAUGGACAUGCUUUGCCAGUAACAUGUAUGGACAUAUCCUAUGACAGCUCUUUAAUUGUGACUGGUUCAGAAGACAAAGAUGUACGAAUAUGGAGUAUGGAAUUUGGGAGUUGCAAUAAAUUUCUGAAACGAGCUCAUGACAAAGGUAUAACUUGUUUGAGUUUUUUACCUAAGACUCAUUACUUUUUCACUGGAGGAAGAGACAAUGUUAUUAAGCAAUGGGAUGCAGAUAAUUUUCAAAAAAUUACUACCUUAAAGGGUCAUCAAAAUGAAGUGUCAUGUAUGACAGUAAGCCCUGAUGGUAGUACUUUAGUGACUGCAUCAAAAGAUAAAUCUAUUCGCAUUUGGGAAAAGACUAAUGAAAUUUUAGUGUUGGAGGAAGAGCAAGAAAAA